AUGAGCAACUUCAAGGGCAAAGUCAUCGCCAUCACGGGCGCAGCCUCGGGCAUCGGCUUGGCGACAGCGAAACACCUCGCAUCCCUCGGCGCGCGGGUGUCGAUAUCAGACGUCGACGAACCCCUCCUCGCCUCAGCCGCGGCGGAUCUCGUGAAGCUCCACGGGGCAGAAAACGUCUGUUCUAGAGUGGUGGAUGUGAGGGAUCGCAAAGCGGUGGAGGCGUGGAUCGCCGAAACGGUGGAGAAGCUCGGGCCCCUUGACGGGGCGGCCAAUGUCGCCGGCGUGCUCGGUCGGCAGGGGAACCUGGCGACUGUCACGCAGCUUGAGGAUGACGAGUGGGAUUUUGUGAUGGGCGUCAACGCGAGGGGGGUACUUAAUGCGAUGAGGGCUGAGAUCCCUGCGUUGGCGGACGAGGGAAAGGGCAAGAGCAUUGUCAACGUCUCGAGCGUGGCGGGCCACUACGGGUUGGAGUAUCAUGGGGCGUACACCGCGAGUAAGCAUGCCGUUGUCGGCUUGACCAAGAGCGCGGCGAGGGAGUUUGGGAGGAAAGGAUUGAGGGUGAAUGCGAUUUGCCCCGGCGCAAUCGAUACCCCAAUCUUACGGACAGCGCUGGCGGCGAAGACCACAGAGACCGGGGCGGAUGUCUUCGAGCCGCUUCUGGGGAGGGUGGGACAGCCCGAGGAGGUGGCGACGACAAUUGCGUUCUUGUUGGGUGAUGAGGCGUCGUAUGUCACGGGGCAGGCUUGGUUGGUCGAUGGGGGUUCAUUGCCUUGA